GCUCCAGCCUCUCGCGAUCGUGUGUGUAGGUCGUAAUCGUUUCCUCCCGCGUGAGACGGUCGGUUAAAAGCGGAGCGCAAGGAGCGUAAUUGAUUCAGCAUCGAGUGGAUUCCUCUAGAGCACGGAAGUGUAUUUUGUUUAUCCCAAAAGUGUUAUCGUCCCAGGUUCGUCGCCGUAGUAGUAUGACUUCAGCGAAGGUCUUGCUGAUAGCAGCCUUCGGGCUUUUAGCACAGAGUGUUGCUGGCUACGCCAAUAAUGGAGCCUUCAACUUUAACCAGUAUCCUCAGGCGCAGGUAAACGCCUGGACACAGGCCUGCCGUAGCUUCCAGGCACAGGCGUUGGCCACCCAGGCCCAGCAGAACCAGUUCUUUGCGAAUAUGUUCCCGGCGGUGCAGCUACCUCCGUUGCCGUUCACCGAUGUGUGCUCUCAGGCAGGAUACGGUAGUUUCGGCGGGGCUGGUGGAGUGGCCAGCGCAGGAACCUUCUCCCACGGUGGUGCUGGUGUAACGUCCUUUAACAAUCGGUUCGGUGGUGACGAUGGCUACGGUGGUGGUGGUGGUGGCGGUGUGCAUGGCGUUAGUAUCAGCAGCAGCACGAACGGACACGGACAGGGUGGUACGGUGGUGUCUCAUUACGGAAAUGGAGGUGCUAUCACCAACUACAUCCCUCACGGACAGCAUCAAUCGAGCUUCAGCAGUGGUGGUAACGGGGGUGGCUAUGCCACCGCGAACCGCUUCGGAGGAGGCGGUAGCGGGCAGGGUGUGAGUGUGUCCAGCUUUGGCACCAACAAUGGUGGCCAGUUUGCAUCGGCUAACCGAUUCGGUGGAUCAUCCGGUGGCCAUGGUAGCACUACACACUACGUAUCGACCAGUAACGGUGGCGGCACGGUCGGUUCUUAUGGUCCGAAUGGUGGAAGCUUCGCUUCAGCAUCCCGCUUCGGAGGUGGCACUGGCGGUGGUUAUGGUGGCAAUGGAAUCGCGGUUGGUAGUAGCGUAUCCUCGACCAGCAACGGCAAUGGCGGAGGAUCGGUGCAGACGAGUGUGUACAAGCAGCACUACUAAACGAGCGAGUUAAUAAACAAAACCGAUUUGAUUGAACCAAGGGA